AUGGACUUAAAGCGGAGGAAACCAAAACUUGAACAGCGCCAAGACCCUAAAGACGGGACAAAAACACCCAGAGUGUACUCCGGUGGCUUGGAUGCAGCUAUCUCAUGGAGCCCGUAUUCAGAGAAGAUUUGUUCCAAUGCUGACUGCAAGUUUCAUGCAGCGGUUUUCACGGCUGCUUGUGGAGAUCAAGUAUUACAUUCUUGUACCCAUGGAACUAGAAAGGUUGAUGGUUCCGGAGACGCCAUGACAGAGGACUCGAUAUUUUGGUGUGCAUCCAUGACUAAGAUCAUCACGGCGGUCGCUGUUAUGGUUGCUGUUGAGAAAGGGCUAGUUGGUUUAGAUGAUGACGUCGGCGUCAUCUUGCCUGAGCUGGCUGGGCCUGAGAUUAUUGUCGGAUUUGACGAAGAAGAUAACGGCAAGCCUAUUCUCCGCAAGGCAAGGGAAAAAGUAACCCUCCAACGACUUUUAACCCACUCCAGCGGGUUCGUUUACCUUGCUGUAAAUUCAUCAGUUAAGAGAUGGGCAGAGUAUCACAAUCAUACCGCCACAACGGAUGUCACUUCCAGGGAUACAUAUCGCCUGCCCUUGGCCUUCGAGCCAGGCGAAUCUUGGGGUUAUGGCCCUGGGGUCGAUUGGGCUGGUUUAGUCGUCGAAAAGGUUUCAAAUCAGAAACUUGGGGAGUUCAUGCAAGAGAACAUCUUCCAGAAACUCGGUCUGACAGCAACCACGUUCCACCCCGAAAAUCAUCCCGAGUUUGAAGCAAGACGCGUUGAACUCUCCCAGCGGGCACCGGAUGGGAGCCUAUCUACUGUCCCAAUUCCAUACACGAUCCCAGCCAAGGACGAUUUGGGUGGUAUUGGCCUGUACUCGACGCCCAGAGAGUAUACCCGAUUUCUGCAAAUGAUUCUCCGCGGCGGAGAAAACGUUCUACGACGCGAUAAUAUCAACACUAUUAUUUCUCCCCAGCUCGAGAGUAAUAAAGAGAUUAACGCAAUUCGAGAUCAGGGCCCCAAACUAAUGAGUCGACUUGUAAACCCAGGAAAGGUCAUUGAUAUGGGUUUGUCGGCAAGUAUUAACCUGGACCGAGUUCCUGAAGCUCGUUACCCAGGCUCUAUCUCGUGGUCUGGAGCCGCAAACACUUUCUGGGUACGUGUUCCGUUUUCCUACUGCCGCACAAACUGA